CAUUGCGAUGAAGACGACUGAAGGUUCCGGUUCACACACGGAAACAGUGCAGAGCACGAACUGAAAGAAGUGGGCUUGCUGGUUUGCUGCAGUUAUAUUAAGGACCUCGUCUCCUAUGGAGUCACUUAACACGUUUGAGUCUGAGAUGGAGGCUGAUGGACAGGGGAACUACUCUCUUUUUCCUGCUCUGGACAGCAUUGCAAGUCUGUCUGGGACCGCUGAAACUCUGGAGAGCGAACCACCUAGUGAAAUUGCAGAGAAGCCAAACCUCACAUGGCUCGAUGCUGCACAGAUUGUGUUGGAAGAAGCUGGACGUCCCAUGCACAUAAAGGAGAUUAAACAGAGAAUCAUCGACAGGGGACUUGUUCAAUCCAAUGCCAAGUCAAGCCUGGAGGCCGUCAUGUACCGUGAGACACAAAAAGGCAGCAGGAGAUUCAAGAGGAUUGAGAACAGAAACGGAGUCUUUGCACUGCUGACUGAUGAGGAGCGACAGCAGGCCCUGCAGGCCUUCACUGCCCAGUCCUUCCUGGGCUCUCCACAGCAGAAUACCAUCUCCAGUUCUGGCUCAGGUGCCUCGGCGCCCGCCUUCCCAUCCCCCACCAGUUCCUCAGAGCAUAAGACUAAAAUGAAGAGAGGUUCACGAAAAAACCAGAACGAGAAGUACCGACUCAAGUACCUCAGACUGCGCAAGACUGCCCGUGCCAUGAUAUUUGAGAAUGCCGCCCUCUGUGAUGAAGUGGCCCACUUAGAAGAAAAGUUUCUGAGAGCAAAGGAGGAGCGGAGGUUUUUACUGAAGUCGCUGUUGCAGUACCAGUCCUUGACAGAGGGGGAGAUACUGCCCACACCCAGCUCAAGCUCUCAUCCACCUGUGCCGCCAGUGCCGUUAACUUCAGGUCCUGCGGGGGCCUCGGGUCUGUCUGGAGGGCACAGCCUGGCAUCAGUGGUGUCAACAGGGGAAGACGGACCCCUUAAAAAACCAAAGAAAGAAAGGAAAGAGCGAGGCAGGGAGAAUGGAAAGGAGGAAUUUCCAAAGAAGAUGUCUAAGAAGAGAAAGCUGGCAGACGGGUCUCGGAAGCUGGUGCAGCCCAUCCCUCUGGAUUCGUCCGGUCGUCCCGUCUUUCCCAUCGUCCUGGGAGGUUUAACGGUCUACAGUCUGGGAGAGAUCAUCACAGACAGGAUGUUGUUCCAUGAUGAGUGUGCCAUCUACCCAGUGGGCUUCUGCAGCACCAGAGUCUUUGCCAGCAUGAAAAACCCCGACCAGCAGUGCCUCUACACCUGCCAAAUCAAGGAUGGGGGAACAGGUCCACAGUUUGAGAUUGUGCCUGAAGAAGAUCCUCAGAACGCCAUCGUGGCCUCCUCUGCCCUGACGUGCCACUCCAAUCUACUGAAGGCCAUCGCAUCUGUCAGUUCCAAGUCUGUGGUGCCCAUCGUGCCGUCAGGAGCUGACUUCUUCGGCUUCUCCCACCCCACCAUCCAGAAUCUCAUCCAGAGUUGUCCCGGAGCACGCAAAUGUAGCAACUACCGAUGGAUACGUUUUGAGGUGUGUCGCCCUGGUGAUGGCCAGAUUCCUCAUAGCCUAUCAGAAGACGAUGCCUCGGUCAACUUUGAGGCCUACCAGAGACACCAAGGCUUUGAUGAGAACAUCAAGUCGGAGCACAUUACAGGACAGACACCGUCUCCCAGCUCCUCCCAUCAGCACCACCUGACCUCCCCAACCAUGAAGCCCUCUACCUCGUAUUACAGCUCCUGAUUCCGAAAGCGCCACUGAAAUCAAUCAAACCAGUGCCCGUGAACUUUCAAUGUUUAAUACAAGGCUUGUUUUUUUUUUCCUGGUUCAGUAAUUCAGGAAACAGAAGAAACUCAAGGCAAUGUUAUUUAUUGUGUGUCAUCUUCUGCAUUAGAGGGGAUGUGUGCAAAGGUUAUUCUGCUUUCCCCUUAUACAAGUUUUGGUACAUAGUGCACUAUUGCUGGUACUUAAAGUUGCAGUUACAAGACAUUGCAGUGAACAAUUCUUUCCAGGUGAAACAAUAGUAUAUCAUGUUUGACUUAUCAAAAAUGUCACAGCAUUUCCAUCUGGUUAACUUUGAAGUGAAAGAACUGCCUUGGAAUAUAACACACCGUCAUAAACUAUGUUGCUGAUUUGUCAUUUAUUUGUCAAAAAGACUUAUUUCUGUUGUAAACUUCAAAAUCCUGAGUUUUGUUAAAAUAAAAACACAUUUGUCAAGAUUUUCUA